GUCGAGAAGUAGUAUUUGAAAUUGAUCAAUUAGCUACCAAGAGUGAAAAAUCUAUUCUUUGCCGUUAUGGUAAUACUACGGUAUUGACUGUGCUAACAAUUAAACAAUUAGCAAAGGAGGUUAAUUCAUUUUUUCCUUUAACAAUUAACUUUGAAGAAAAAUUUUAUGCAGUAGGAAAGAUUCCUAAUGCUUUUGGCAAGCGAGAAGGUAAACCGAGUCAUGAUGCUAUCACGGCGGCUCGAAUGAUUGAUCGUUCACUGCGAAGUCUUUUUCCUUUAGGAAGUAAUCAAGAGGUGCAAAUAAGUAACUGUGUUCUUUCAUUAGAUCAAGAAUGCGAUCCUCCAGUAGUGAUUGGUAAAGAAAAAGAUAAUUUUAUUUGUAAUCCUAGUAGCGAACAGUUAAAUAAUUCUCUUUUCGAACUAAUUGUUAGUGCUACGGAAGAGAAGAUUACUAUGUUAGAUGGUGCAGCCCAGGAAAUAAGUGAAAAAGAAUUAGAAAAGGCCAUAAAUUUUGCCCAAAAAGAAAUCCUUGUAUUAAUCGGUUUUUUUCGUCACAUUGCUAGCGUAUUAGAAGUUAAAAAAGAACCGAUGAUAACAAAAGAAAUUGACUUAGAUAUUCAACAAAAUGAAACAAAGCAGGUUCGCCUCGAUGGAAGAAGAGUUGGAGAGAUCCGUCCCUUGAAAAUUAAUAUUGACUAUUUGCCUAAUGUUCAUGGGAGUGCAGUUUUUGAACGAGGAGAAACAAAGGUUCUCGCGGUGGUGACUAUUGGAAAAAUUAGUGACAAGCAAUUAGUUGACAGUAUAUUUUCUCGUUAUCAUAAGUAUUUUAUUCAUCACUAUAAUUUUCCCCAGUUUGCUGUCAAUGAAGUAGCUAGUUACCGCGGCGUGUCUAGGCGGGAAGUUGGUCAUGGUGAGUUAGUAGAAAAAACCUUUGAUUAUUUACUUCCUGAAGUCAGCAAUUUUCCUUAUACUAUUCGAGUAGUUUCAGAAGUUUUUUCCUCAGAUGGCUCUUCUUCUCAGGCUUCUGUAUGUGCUGCUUCUUUAGCUUUGAUGACUGCUGGCGUUCCGCUUGUUAGGCCAGCGGCUGGAAUAGCCUUGGGAUUGUUUGAAGGGCAAAUAUAUACUGACCUUAACGGUCUAGAAGACAAAUUAGGAGAAAUGGAUUUCAAGAUUGCCGGAACUGAAAAAGGUAUUUGUUCGCUACAACUGGAUGUAAAGAACAAUGGAAUUAGUAGUAAACUUUUAAGAGAAUCUUUGGAAAAAGCUCGUCAGGCUCGGCUCUAUAUAUUAUCUGAAAUGAAGCAUUUAAUUCUUCAUCCUCGUUCUACUUUGCCUACUCAAGUCAUUAAGUGUCGUAGUUUCUAUGUGGAGAAAGAAGUAAUUGGUUUAAUUAUUGGUCCGCGGGGUAAAACGAUCAAUCAGUUGACGGAGGAGACUGGUUCAACUAUUGAAAUUGAAGAUGAUGGAUAUGUAAUAAUUUACAAUCAGGAAGAAAAAAAAUUAGAAAGAACUUACCAAGCAAUCAAAGAAAAUCCGAAGGAAGAAAUUAAUAAAGAAUUAAAGGGCAUUAAGCGCACUACUGGGCAGCAUCCAGGAGGUCUAUUGAUCACUUUACCAAAUACUGACAUUCAAAAAUAUACUCCUCUUAACUAUCCGGCUGACAACCGUCAAGCAGAAUGGAUGACUACCCAUUUCGAGUAUAGUUUUUUAUCCGAAAUGUUCCUUAAAGUUGACAUGUUAGGACACGAUGAGCCAACUAUCUUACAAAAGUUGUUCCAAUUAACUGGAAUUGAUCCUGAAAAAAUUUCUUUUCGAGAUGAAAAAGUAAUGAAAAUGUUUACAGAAGCUGAUACUCUAGGAAUUCCAGAGUUCGGUACUGAUUUUGUCAAAAGGAAUUUAUUAACUCCUUUAAAACCAACUAAGUUUUCUCAAUUAGUCCAAAUUUCUGGUUUCUCACAUGGAACCAAUGUCUGA